UGAUCCUGGUUCCUCUCUCUCCCUGACUGUCAGUCUCUGUAAGUGUCUCUCUACCACGCUCUCUAUGGGAAAACCCCGAGCAGGAGAAGAGCAGCACACGGGGAGAAAAGGAGGAGGACACCUUCGUCUUCCCAUGGAUCUACACACCGAGAUUUUUUAAGAAAGAAAACAAAAAAGAAAAAGCGCCCCAGCCUGCUGGCGCAGCGGCAGAGGAGGAACAGCCCACACGGAUGUGCCUGCGAGAAUCCGCUCCGCUCCGGACACAUCCAUGCCCACACUAGGUCCGAGGCAGAAGGGGGGAUGACAUGCAUAUGUCCGGCCUGUUAACAUCAUUGACGACUUGCACGCUAACAGACUGCCCCUCACGACAUGGCGGAUGUACUGUACACAGGUCCGAUCCCGGCCCUGCAGGUGGGGAGGGGUCACAACCAAACCUCCGCUCUGACUGGGAUGAGAGCUGGGCGGGACAUGACCACUAUCCACCAUUCCCACCGGCCCAAUCCCUGCUGCCUCUGCUGGUGUUGCUGUUGCAGCUGCUCAUGGAAUGAAGAGGAACGACGGAGGCAGAGGAGGAGAAAAAGAAUAUCACAAGAAACCAAGAUGGAGCUCAUACUAAACUAUGAAGUUUGCACCAAACCGUCAGCGGAGGAGAUCCGGUUGUGGUCUCAGUCAUUCGACAAGUUGAUGAGGAACCCUGCAGGUCGAAAUGUUUUCCGAGAGUUCCUGCAGACGGAGUACAGCGAAGAGAACAUGUUAUUCUGGCUGGCCUGUGAAGACCUCAAGCAAGAAAUCAACAAGAAUGACAUUAAGGAAAAAGCCUGUUUGAUCUACGAAGACUACAUUUCUAUACUGUCACCGAAAGAGGUGAGUCUGGAUUCCCGGGUUCGAGAGGUGAUCAACAGGAAGAUGCAGGACCCGACGUCUCACACCUUUGAAGACGCUCAGCUGCAGAUCUACACGUUGAUGCACAGGGACUCCUACCCACGAUUCUUAUCCUCCAACAUCUACAAGUCACUCGUUCAUGGCGUAUCGCGUACUUCCUCUGAAUCCUAGUCCACUAGCAGCUCCUCCUCCUCCUCCUCCUCCUCCUCCUCCUCCUCCUCCUAACUGGACUGAGCAGUUCAUCUCUUCUCCCAUCACUCGUCCAGAGCUUUCUAAAAAUAAUCACGUUAUUGUUUCUUCAGUUGCCUUCUUCAUUACUUCUUUUUUUACUUUAAGCAUAUUAUUUAUUUUCCCCCUUUUUUAAGACCAUAAAAAUGACCCUGAAGAUCUAUCUUGGUAAAAGAAAAUCAUCACAUCGUCAAUUUCAGUUAAUGUAUAAGUACAUACCGGUACAGUAGUAUAAUGUUUACAGGACUGUCUCAGAAAAUCAGAAUAUUGUGAUUUUCUGUAAUGCAAUUACAAAAACAAAAAUGUCAUACAUUAAUUACAAUUCAACUGAAAUAUU